AUGAAAAAUGUCCUUUUCAUUAGUAAGCCACCUGAUAAAAACAAUAUAAAAAUGUCAGUGCAUAAACUUUCUCAAGAAGAGGAGUUGGAAACAACAUUUUCCUGGCUGACAGAAGAACUCAAGACCAAAAAAAAUAGAACGAGCAAAACAAUAAUCUACUGUCAGUCAAUAAAUGCGUGUGGGGAAUUAUAUUCCAUGAUGGAUAGUGUUCUUGAUGGAGAUGCCGUCUCCAACAUUGCCAUGUUUCACAGUAAGACACCUGAGGCUUUGAAAACACAGGUCUUAGAUAAUUUUGUUCCCAUGGAUGGCCCAGUGAGGGUAGUGGUUGCUACCACAGCCCUAGGAAUGGGGGUAAAUAUCCCAAAUGUGGAAAGGGUAUGCCAUUUUGGCAUACCUGAUGCUGUGGAAGAAUAUGUUCAGGAAAUCGGGCGGGCACGACGAGAUGGGAGGAAAAGCCACGGUAUAUUGUAUUUUAAGUCCUACCAUUUGGCACAUUGCGAUGAUAGCAUGAAAGCAUUGAUCAGAAAUCCAGAAACCAAAUGUAGACGUGAGAUGGUGGCGAUGCACUUUAAAACAAAGCAUGCAAAAGUUUCCCCUUUACAUGACUGUUGUGACGUGUGUACUGAAAAGUGUGAUUGUUCCCUGUCAUCUUGCAAGGAAGGUCCUCACAUGGCCCAACCUGCUAUAACUGAAGGCAAUGCUCCAAUGAGAACUGUAGAGGAUGAUGAAAGGCAGCUUUUGCGUGAAAUUUUGCAAGAAUUGAAAGACUCCACAAAUGCCUCUGGCUCAAUAUUUGGGUCAAACAAUUUAUUGGCACAGAUAGAUGACAAUUUAAUAAAAGAACUGGUGAACAGCUGUGAGUACAUCUUCACUACUUCUUACCUGAUGGAAAACUUUGCAAUAUUUAAUAUUGACACUGCCCAACAGAUUCUCACUGUGUUUGCGGAUGUGUUUGGGGAUAUAGAAGAGGUAGAAUUUGUAACAGCUAUGGAAUUGUCAAAGUUUGAGGAAGAUGAUCCUCUUUAUCUUAAUCACUGUUACUCUGAAGAUGUGGAGGAAAUCCUUUCAGAAGACGAGCUAAGUUAUGAUUUUGAUUAUUAA